UUAUCCUCACACCUCUCUGGACAUGCUUUCUUCACCAACUCCAAACUCGAAAAAGUAUGAGUAAUAAUAGGUCAUGGAUGUACAAAAGAUUAGAGAGACGAGGAUGUCUAAAUGAUGAUUUCAAGGAAGGUGUCAAUGAGUUCAUUCAGACAACGGUAACUUUAUAUUCUAAUGGUGUCAUUGCAUGUUCCUGUAGAAAGUGUAAAAAUCGAAAAUGGUUGACUUGGGAUAUUGUUAGGCAACACCUAUUUGAGAAAGGUUUUAUCGAUGACUAUUAUGUAUGGGCAGCACAUGGAGAGACACCCAAUUCAAAUGGUCUGGUUUAUUUUGAUCAACCUAACUCCUCGCAUUGUAAUGCAUCUGAGGCCCAAUAUGAUCCAUACAAAUCGAUGUUUGAGGAUGCAGUGAGGAAUGAAUUCCCAACAGAAAAUCAAGGUGAUUUUCUUGUGAGUGAUGAGCCUAGUGCAGCAGCAAAGAAGAUGUAUGAGAUGCUAGAUAUGACGAGUCAACCAUGCUUUGAGGGUUGUCCAAUGACUGAGUUGAGCGCAAUGUCUGAAAUGUUGAACAUAAAGACUGAGAUGAAUCUAUCUGAGGCUGCUACAGACAGGAUUGCUCAAUUUGUUAAUAGAUUUUCCCCAACUAAAAUCCCCAACAGGCCUAUACCAAAUUUCAACAAAAUAAAAAGGAAGUUAUCGUUGUUGGGAAUGACUAGCCAGUCUAUUGACUGUUGCCAAAAAGGAUGCAUGAUAUAUUGGAACGGAGACAGUGAGCUAAUGGAGUGCAAGUUUUGCGGUGGUGCAAGAUACAGGAUCAGUAAGCAAACAAAAAAACCAAUUCCACUUGCAAGAAUGGAGUACUUCCCACUUACUCCUAGAUUACAAAGGCUUUAUGCAUCAGAUACUACCGCGGAGAAAAUGAGGUGGCACAAAGUUCACCAUAGAGAAGAAGGAGUGAUGCAGCAUCCGUCGGAUGCAAAGGCGUGGAUUCAUUUUGACAAUCUCCAUCCAGAUUUUGCUGAAGACCCGAGAAAUGUUAGACUUGGUUUAUGCAGUGACGGGUUCCAGCCAUUUGGGCAAUUUGGUCAGAAAUACUCUUGUUGGCCUAUCAUAGUGACACCAUACAACUUGCCACCAGGUAGGUGUAUGAAACAACAAUUUUUAUUUUUGUCUAUAUUGGUACCUGGACGAAAAAAACCAACAAAGGGGAUAGAUGUGUAUUUGCAACCAUUGAUAGAAGAGUUGAAACAACUGUGGGAGGUUGGGGUUGUAACGUAUGAUGCAUUCUCAAGGGAAAAUUUCAAUAUGCGAGCUAUGUUGUUAUGGACAAUAAGUGAUUUUCCUGCAUAUGCCAUGCUUUCUGGAUGGAGUACAAAGGGAAAAUUUGCAUGUCCAUGUUGUGCUGAGUUUACUGAAGCAUUUUGGUUAUCCCAUAGCAAAAAACAUAGUUGGUUUGAUAAUCAUAGAAAGUUCCUACCAGGUGAUCAUCCAUUUCGGUUUGAUAAUGAGAACUUUACUAAGGGAAAAUCAAUCUUCUAUGGCCCUCCGUUACCGAGAGAUGGUUCAUACUGCUAUGAUGAGGUCGGUUCCCUGAUGCCCGUGACUGAACUAGGAGGUAUUGAGCAUAAUAAAAUAGCUGGAAAAGAUAUUGGAUGGAAGAAACGUAGUAUAUUCUGGGAUCUCCCGUAUUGGAAGGAUUUGCUUGUACGGCAUAAUCUCGACGUGAUGCACAUAGAGAAGAAUUUCAUUGAGAAUAUGUUCUAUACAAUUUUGGGGGUGCCAGGAAAAUCGAAGGACCAUGCUAAAGGGAGAAUGGAUAUGGAACAAAUUUGCCAUAGGCCGAGUAUCGAGAGGGACAGUCACGAAAAAUUCCCUAAUCAACAUAUCUGUUACCAAAACAAGUCUAAAUUUUCAAGGAAUUGUCUUAAAACAAAUCAAGUAUAAUCUUCAUCCAGCUGGACAACAAUGGAAAUGGGUCCCUGAUAAAACUAAACAGUUAUAUUGGGAACAAUUCCAGGAUGUAGUCACUUGGAAUAUUUCUGAGUUCAAACUUAAAGACAUCAAGGAAGGUUAUGAAAAGUAUUUACAGAAUCAUGCUUACUCCAAUAUCAUGGGUGAUAUCAGGGAAAAACGGCCUGUAACAGUGAAUGACUUCACUUGGGGUGCUGUUGAAGAAUAUAAGAGGUCAACGCAAUUUCAGAGGGCAUCUGCUGCUGGUAAGAGAAAUCGUAUUGCCGGUGGGGACAAAUGCAAACAAUAUGGGGGUUCUCGAGCUGCGGUUGAUGUGGCAGCCCAAGAGUUGAGGAUUACCGGUGAACAUAUAAAUCCUGUCAAACUUUGUGAGACCUUCCAUCCAAAGAAAAGGAAGAAUGGAGAGCUAAUUGAUUAUUCUUCACAACCGAAAGUUAUGGAGGUUAUUAACAAGCUGUCUACUACAUUCCAUGAAGCUGAAAGUGAACAUCAAUCACAAGAAGCUGAAAUUUCUGCGGCAGCAAAAUCAGUAAUUUCUGAGUUGCAUUUCAAGUAUUUUGAUGUCGUUGGGUACAACAAGAAAAGAAUUUUGGGAACGGGAAGGUAUUCCAAAGCGUUUCUUCUCCAAUUACAGUCAAAUCAUAAAGGAUCUUCAUCAAAACGCUUGCAUGAUUUUUGUGUUGCUUGGGAUGAGCAUAUGAGAAAAUGGUUGUCUUCGCAUGGUCAUGAGGCUCCACCGGUUAUGCCUCUUGUGGAUGAAAGUUUGACAAAUAAGAAUCCCGAGUUACAACCUAAAAGUUUUGAAGAAACAUGGCUUCCGUUCUUCAAGUCAUAUGGAAUUGAUGCCCCAAACUUCUUUCCACAACAAGAUUUAUCCUCUCAAGGCUCUCAACAGUCACAUGGAGACUCUUUAUCCAACUAGAUGCAUAACUUUAAUUUUGAAAUGGCUUAAACAUUUUAAACCACAUUAAUGUGGUGAUAUGUAUGCCUUUUUUGGAUUUAGUAUUGAACACCAGAUACUAACAGUGACUUGGAUGUUUUUUUUGGAUUUAGCAUAGUUGGGGCUUUAGUAGUGACCUGGAAUCUAAUUAAUGUAAAAUCUAA